CCAGCUCUAUCGCCGGUGUUCGAGUGCUCGUUCUUUCUCAACUAAUCCAAGUGUUGGGCAUCGACAGCUGAUUUUCGUACCGAGAAAUCUGCAUCGAAAACGAAUCACAAUCUUCCACAACGGUGACAAUCUUUUGCACCGAAAACAAUACCAUUGGGUGAUGCAAAAAAAUCACGCACAUGAUUGACAAUUUAUCUUGAAACGAGCAGAAAAAUAGAAUCUCCUUAUCUGGGGAACCUUGAUUUGAGCAAACAUCGGAGGGAAGUUUUCUUGUCUGGUGUGGAUACCGCCGCAUCAAGUUAAAUGCUGACCGCGAGAACAACUGGAGAUCAUGGAAGCUCCCAAGAUAGAUCUGUGCAGGAAUCCGCGCCAAGGCGCCAACCUGCUGUCGGUGCUUUCUUUCUGGUGGACGUACGAUUUGUUUCAUAAAGGUUCGACGAAAACGUUGGGUCUAUCCGAUCUGUACAAACCACUCGAGGAGGAUCAUGCGGAUAAGCUUGGGGAUAAACUGGAAAAACAGUGGGAACGACAGCUCAAAAAUUACAAGAAAAAAUCCAAAGGUGGGCCAUCUCUGGUUAAAGCCAUAUUCCGAGCAUUUUGGCAGGAUUGGUUGCUACUAUCAAUAAUCACCGUGUUCGGUGAAAUCAUACUCAGGAUCGCUCAACCAUUCCUGCUGGGAAGACUUCUCUUAUAUUUCAGACGUCAAACAGAUAUGACCUUCGACGAGGCAUUGUACUUCACUUUUGGCAUGAUCGCAACCAAAGCUGCCAGCGUUAUAGUGGACAAUCGAUACGCAAUAAUCACGGCGUUGAACGGAGUCCGCACCAGGAUUGCCGUGUGUAAUAUUAUAUACCGCAAAUCUUUGAGACUAUCGAGAAACGCACUGGGGGAUACCUCACCCGGAAAGGUUGUCAAUUUGAUGUCGAAUGAUGUUAAUCGAUUCGAUAUCGUAUCAUACAUACUAAGCUUCAUGUGGUCAUCGCCAUUGGUUACUAUUAUUGUUCUGGUGCUGCUGUGGUACGAGGUUGGCUGGGCAGGACCAAUUGGGUUGGUGGUGGUGUUCAUCGUGACUCCGAUACAGUCAUUUUUCGGCAAGCUCACAUCGCGAUAUCGAUUGCAGACCGCCCUGAAGACGGACGAGCGUAUUCGGUUGAUGGAUGAGAUUAUAUCAGGGAUACAGGUUAUCAAAAUGUACGCAUGGGAAAAACCAUUUGCCAUGCUGAUAUCUCUUGCGAGGAAGGCAGAACUUAAGAUCGUUCUCAAAAGUGGGUUGAUUCGAGGGAUGUACAUGACAUUCCAACUUUUUACAACGCGGGCGGCACUUUUUGCUACGAUGAUUACGUUGAUUCUCAUGGAGGGAGAACUCACUGCCGCUAAAGUGUUCGUGGUUGCCAGCUACCUCAAUAUUGUCUCUCAUGUGAUGUCCGGAAUGUUUGUUCGAGGAGUUGCAGAAAUUGCUGAGGCAUUGGUAGCCAUACGCAGACUGCAGAACUUUUUGGAAUACGAAGAGAUCAACGAUUCGAAAACUCAAACUAAUGACCCAGUAGAGCACAAUGAAAACCGAGCAGAUAUAGCUAUUCGACUGCACUCCGUAACCGCUCGAUGGAACCCCGUUACAGCAGAUGGCAGGGACCAAGAACAUCGUCCUCCCACAUUGAGCAAUCUGAGUAUAGAAUUCCGGAAGGGUCAAUUGAUUGGUAUCGUCGGGGCCGUUGGUUCUGGGAAAUCUUCAAUUCUGCAAGCCAUUCUCAGAGAAUUACCACUUGAGUCCGGUCAUAUCCUUAACAACGAAAUCAUGUCGUACGCUAGCCAGGAACCGUGGUUGUUUGCGGGAAGCAUCAGACAAAAUAUACUGUUCGGGUCCACCAUGGAUAGAAAGCGUUACAAAGCGGUUGUUCGGGUUUGUGCACUUGAAACCGAUUUGGAGCAGUUCGCCGAAGGUGACGAGACGUUGAUUGGGGAGCGUGGAGUUUCUCUUUCCGGAGGCCAAAAAGCGAGAAUAAGUUUAGCACGAGCAGUAUACAAGGAAUCGAGUGUGUAUCUGUUGGACGAUCCACUGAGUGCGGUUGAUGCCCAUGUCGCAAAACAUUUGUUUGACCUGUGUAUUGGUGCGAGAGGAUUUCUAGGUAGACAGAGAAGCACGAGAAUUCUUGUAACGCACCAGGUUCAUUUUUUGGUGCAAUCGGAUUGGAUUAUUGUUAUGGAUGAGGGAAAGAUUGCAGCACAAGGCACACCGCACGAUCUGCACCAACAUGGAAUUGAUUUUCUAGAGUUGACUGAAGGCGAAAAUAAUGGAUGCAAUUUUAGCAGACAAAGUUCCUACAGCUCAGUGAAUUCAGAUUGCAGCGAAGCAGAGCUUAAUUGUAGCCAUGAACAGCAUACUAGACAGAUGGAGCAUGCAUUUGAAAAGUCCUCAGAAGACACAGUUGACGGUUCGAUGUUUGUACACUACGCCGCAGCGGUAGAAAAUUGGGCUAUCAUCAUAGGUUUAGUGGCGCUUUUCAUAACUACGCAGCUGAUUGUGAGUUUUACCGACUAUUGGGUUUCCUUUUGGGUAUCUCAAGAGGAGUUGAGGACAUUCCUCAGUGCCCAAAACAGCACUGAUAUGAGCUAUCACAAACCACUCGGCACAGACGUUUGCGCGUAUGUUCAGAGUGCGGUUGUCGCUGGGGUCUUCAUAAUAGGACUGAUGAGGGCGCUCGGAUUCUACCGAACAUGUGCGCGGGCUUCGCAAACCAUUCACGAUUGGUCCUUCAGGGGCUUCAUCUCCGCAACUAAACAUUUCUUCGACACGAACCCCUCUGGGCGAAUCCUGAAUCGUUUCUCGAAAGACAUCGGACUGAUGGACGAAAUGCUGCCCAAAUCCAUCAUGGAUGCAACACAGACGGUCCUCACGAUUAUCGGUGCCAUGCUGGUCAUUCUCGUAGUUCAACCGUUGUUCGUUAUUCCGAUGAUACUUCUACUUGGAGUUCUCCUUUAUGCGAGGAAACUCUAUCUUAAAACUUCACAAAACAGCAGAAGACUCGAAGCGAUCACUCACUCGCCAAUUUUCUCACACAUAGCAACCACACUUAAUGGACUACCCACAAUACGCUCAUUUUCCGUACAGAAACUUCUCAUCACAGAGUUCAACCAACAUCAAGAUGUCAACACCGGGGCAGUGUUCAUGUUCCACUCGUGCAGAAUAGCCUUCGGGAUGAUGCUGGAUGUGAUAUUCUUCCUGUUUCUGUCGAUUGUCAUGUUCAGUUUCCUGCUACUGGAAACAAGUGCGCUGGGUGACAAGGUAGGACUGGUGGUGACACAAAUCACUUCCCUCGGCAGUCUGCUCCAGUUUGGAAUUCGACAGAGCGCAAAUAUGUUUAAUCAUCUGAUAGCGGUCGAACGGCUUUUGGAGUACAAAAACCUGCCUGCGGAGGAACAGCCUCCCGUGGAUACGGCUUUAAUCCAAACAAAAACUUGGCCCUCCGAAGGGCGGAUUGAGUUCAUGAAAGUUAAUUUCAGAUACUUUAAAGAUGCUCCUCUCGUGCUGCGGGAUCUUUGCUUGGAGGUUGAACCGAAACAAAAGGUUGGCAUCGUGGGUCGUACCGGUGCUGGAAAAUCCUCGAUCGUCGGUGCACUCUUUCGGUCGGCAAUCGUCGAGGGCACUAUUACUAUCGAUGGAGUAAACACAGAUGAAAUUACGAUGGAAACAUUGCGCUCCAACAUCUCAAUCAUUCCACAAGAUCCGGUACUGUUCAGUGGCACGCUACGUAAAAACCUUGAUCCGUUCGAUAAAUAUCAGGACUCGGUUCUGUGGAAUGCGCUGGAAUUGGUAGAGCUGAAAGACAUUGCGAACGGACCGCUGGGUCUCCAAACGUACGUCGCUCCUGGUGGUUCAAACUUCAGUGUCGGACAACGUCAGCUAGUGUGUUUGGCCAGAGCUAUCUUGAGAAGCAAUAAGAUACUUGUGUUGGACGAAGCCACAGCAAACGUGGAUCCCGAAACUGACCGAUUGAUUCAGCAAACUAUCAGGGAGCAUUUUGCUGAUUGCACAGUGCUGACGAUAGCCCACCGACUUAACACCAUCAUUGAUUAUGACCGAAUUUUGGUUAUGAGCGAAGGAAAAGCGGUAGAGUUUGGUACGCCACAUGAAUUGGUACAGAAGCCAGAGGGUAUAUUCAGGGAUAUGCUUCUCGCAACGGGACAGGCAGAGUCGGAGAAUUUGAUGAAUAUGGCCAAGAAAUAGUUUAGUUGAUGUGCCUGUUGGACAACAUAACAUAUCCUGCCUCUGGUGUAUAGAAACCCUAGAAUGUCCGCCAAAUAUACACGUUUUAGUGGAGAAUGAUGUUCGUUUUUAUAGUUUACUAGCUGACCCGGCAAACUUCGUCCCGCCCAA